AUGGCCGAAAACGAACAGACUUCAGCAGCCGAGCAAAGGGCAUUUGCUGUUGCUAGGUUAAAACGCGCCGCAUCGUUACCGAGAAUGAAGGACGGGAGACGACCCCCGAUGCACACAGAAGCCGUCAGUGAAGGAGAAAAGGUCGCCAACGGGGAUGUGCCGACGGAAGUUGCUGAGGCUUUAACGUCAAACGUGAAGGAAGAGGUCAAAACGGAGGAGAGGGCACCGAGCAGGGAAGAGGUGCAGGUUGACGCAGAAGUGGAUGCCGAGGUGGAGCCUGUUGAGGCAGCGAGGAAUGGGGCGCACUAUCAUGGAGACGAUAGGCACACACCAGAGCCUGCGCCCAAGACGAAGAGACGUUCACGAUCGCGUUCUCGUUCAAGGGGGUCGAGGGAUUUCAAGGGCAAGGCUCGGAACAUCGAGACACCAACACCAAUACCGGGGGAUUCUUCUCAGGAUGAAUCACUUCCAAUGGUCUAUCCUCAAAUGAUGCUCCCAGUAACUAUCCCUCCCUUCCACUCCCCCACGCCCUCACGCAUCGCUGAACUGCAGAGAUCUGGGUUCUUACGUUCACCGACGCCCACGUCUCCAGAGCCAGGCGCGUUCUAUUCCAGGACAGCUUCGCCAACACCUCUGCUACCGACGCUCGAAGCUCUCCAGAAAGGCAUGUUAUCUCGGUCCAACAGCGCCGUGGUCGGUAGACGCAUGGCGAUGCAUAAGCUCACGGGGGGCAAGGAUUCAUAUGAUCCCUCUCCUUCGCCGACACCCCCACUAAAUGGGGCCAAGCUCGGGAGGAAUAACACAGUGUCUGGGGGCGAGCGAACGGCGGCUAGGCAGCUCAUGCUUAGUCGCUUAGGCGGCCGUUUCAACAAAGAUACAGACCUGGACACGCAAGCUAGUGCCGGAGAAGACAUAGUCAGGGCGCCCACUCCGAAGCGCCGUAGGCGGCGUUCAAGAAGACAAUCUGCUUCUGCGAGCAAUACCGGAAUUUCAGAUUCUGAGCAUGUAUCAACGCCGAACACCCCAAUAAAGUCAGAAACGCCACUUCUACCUUCUUUGGACGACGUUGCCGCCCUACGAGCACUUUCAACUACGCCUAGUCAUGCACUGCCUCCGCCGACCCCCCCAGAACCUGUACCUAUGACGGUGAAUCUUAAUGAACAAUACGAUCCCCCAGAACGUCCUGACCCCAAACGACGGCGAAGCGUACUUGUUGAGGAGGAAGAGGAAGAGGACCGAGUACCUAACCAGAUACUACACAAUGGAAUGCCCGGUACACCUCAGCGCUCUUUUGCAGCCCUUAUGCAAUCUCGGCAGCCCCACUCUUCUGAUGCGCCUUCAAAUGCUUCGUCGGAUUCUGCGCCGGCUUCAGCGGUAGGCGUACCUGUGUUCCUAAGCGCGGCCUUCAGAACGCCGUCUAGGCAGGAUACGUUCCCAAGUAGCCCUUUUACCACCCCGCUGAGAGAAAGGCUGGGUGAUGAUGACGAAGAACAAGUCCUAUACCAGGCUGCUCGGCCGCUCCUCGAUGAUACCUUUGAUCGCGAGAUUAGUUGGAUAGCUGAUCCAGUGCCUGAAAUUCGCAUGCCUGUUGACGAUGUUGAUGACGACGACGAUAUGGCUGACGACGAACCUUAUGAAGAACCAUCAGAGUCCAAUCGAUCGUCCGUUGGAUUUGUUCAUGAUGAAUCUUACCCAGAUGACCAUGAUCAAUCCCGGGCCUCGUCGUCCAAAAGUGUCAUCAUUGAGUCUGAGGUCUCUCCAGAUCCCCAAUUCACGGUCCCUGCUUCUCCUUCAUCAGUCGCCGAAUACUCCCAAACGCAGUCACUUGUCAUCGCCAGUGAUGACUCUGCUCAGUUGUCACCGCGAUCAUACCCCACACGCCUCUCUGUUGCCUCUCGCAUACAGAGUGAUCGCUCGCCGAUAAACUCUGAAUUCCAUGAGUGGGAUGAUCGCUCAGGGGGUGAAGGGCUACCCAGGCGCAAUGGCGAGCAACUCUGGGAGAAAGUCAAGGGCGCUUUCUCCAGAUCUGGGUCAAGUGCCGGGCGGCGGUCGAGGACGAACAGCAUUGUCAAUCGUGAUAGGCGCGAACCUGGCGAUUCCAGCUUCAACCGUGAAAGUGGCGCUAGUCUCACUAGCUCUAAGACGGAUCGAGGGGAUUCGAAUGUCAGAACGUCACUUAUGCAAUCUCCAUCGGCGUCUGCUUCGAUAGUGUCGUUGUCUCCACAUCUCGGUUCGCGGGGCGCUGCUUCACCUGCCCUUGCUUCUUCAGCAGAUCUUAUGAAGUAUCAACACGAGAAGCUUUUCCCGUUCCCUGGGAUUAUCAAGCUGGAAGAACAGAGAAUCAGAGCCAAGGGCUUGCUCUCCGCCUCAUCGCCUGAUCUGAACGGGCAAGAGGAGGAGCAGCCUCCACUUUCCGGUUCCUUUACUGCUUCUGCCGGGUCUCCUGUUGCAGCAAGGGACAGGAAGCUCUCGCAUCAAGCCUCCGACACUCGACUAUUGUCGAAGUAUAAUUCUCCUCCCAUCUCGGCCACCCCUUCGUCGUCGUCGCAACAUGAGAAGUCCCCCAACCUGUCCCCGAACUCUCCUCAGUCGACCAUUGGAGGAAACGGUGCGAAGCAUUCGCUUCCAAUGACGCUCACGGGUGUCAAACAAUGGCUUAGCAAAAACAAAAACAUAUUCUCAACUCAAUCCUCUCCUUCAAGUACACCUACGAUCUCUCCACCUAUAUUCCAGAGCGGGACAUUCCCCGCGUCACCCUCACCAAACGCGAACAAAAAGCCUUCUCUCUCAGAUCUGUUGCGAAUCCGCAAAGAGAGCGACCUCGGAGCGGACUGGGAAGAGAUAGGAAACGAGAAGUCUCGCACACCUACGACCGCCCCCGGGAGCGCGGUUUCGCAGCAGUCGCCGGUUCUCAUUACCCCCCAACCUCCCCAACCUCCCCAGACGCCAGUUAGCCCAACAAAGCCACUCGCCCCCGUACGCGGUGAAUCGACGGACACAGAAAAGACGCCCAAAGCAAGGAAGGUUAUGCCUGCGUCCGAUUCAGAGCCUGAUUUCUCGAGUCCAUAUCCUAGUUGGACAACGACUUCGACUUUCCAACCACUUCCUGAGCCACCCGCCCCAUCAUCACCCCCCGAACCUCCCUCAUCAACCACUCCAGACCCCACGUCCUCACUGAGCGAUUAUCCUGCUGCCACUACCUCUACAUCCUCCUCAGCCUCAUCAUCCCAAUCACGGGAGUCGCACUUCACUGAGCAGCGCCCUCCGCCUGUUGAAUCACAAGGACAUGUUGUGCUUGAGCGACUGGAAGAGAACCUAGCUCGCGGAUCGAGGAGUCCAAUGUGGGCGUCGGCCGUAGAUGACCCAGCAAGGAAGCUCGUCCUAUCAUCUCCUGUCCUCCAGGUCGUGAAUCCCAAUACGGUCAAGGAUCGUUUCCUCUUCCUGUUUACCGACAUCUUGGUCAUUGCGAAGCCAGUCACUCCGGAUCACGACAGCUUCAUCGACUCGUAUAAACCCAGUCCAUCAGACAGGAAGUUCGUUGUGAAGAGUGUAGUCCAACUUCGCCAGCUGCGAUUCUGUGACGAUCGAAUUGAGCAUCAAUCAAAGGCAAAUUACACAGUGCCACCACGUAACCCUUUGAUUCGCACCUUCGUCCACCAGUUCUCCAAGGAUCCAGACCACGCAAUCAGCACGCUUUUUGCGAAGACAGGCACGCGGGAUGAUCCAACGGUACUCGGCCAGCUGCUCUUCAAGACGCUAGAUCUUGACCGAACGCGGUUGGGUGAUUAUCUAUCGCGGAGAACAUCAAAGCUUGUGUUGAAGUCCUUUAUUAACUCCUUUGGGUUCGCCGGUAUGAGGAUCGACAAAGCCCUUCGCGCGUUUCUGUUAUCUAUAAAUAUCCCCAGUCGCGGUCCCCUCGACCACAAAUCCAUGGACUACUUGCUUGAUUCUUUCGCAAGUCGGUGGUACGAGGCCCACGCUGGUGGAAUUGCGUACGACAAGGAUUUGGCUAUCAGACUCGUGCGAGCAUUGGUGCAGUUAAAUGAACUUCUCCAUGAAGGCAUUUCCCAGGUUAAUGGACCAACGCGUUACCCGAGACGCAACAUUACGCGAAGGGAUUUCAUUGAGGCUUUCCGCCGUUACGAUGUCAGGUACCUUGUCACUGACGAAGUAUUGGAGGAAGCUUACAAUUCGAUAAAAGACGAACGUCUUUGCCAAGCGCGGAAUUCUGCAUCGAGUCCACCCGAUAUAUUCAUCAUGGUCAAACGUCCCCUUCCUACUCGUCUCACAUAUAAAGUCCAAUCUGAACCCAUCAUCCUCCGCAUUCCCCAGUCAGACCCGCAUCUCACCAUCCACCUUUAUGGCCAAAACCUAACCUUCGAUCCUCCAACCCUCAACUUUGGUAAAUCCUCCGAAGUCUCCUUCCGCAUCAUGGGCACAUCCCUGGGUCCGAAGACCUUGAUCAUGGUUCGCGCUGGCCCCAAUGCUAAUUUGUAUUCGGGUCUGCCACUGAGCCAUUCUCUCGAGGUCGAACGCGCUUUCAUGAGAAAUACCUUCCAGAUUGCUUUCCUCAACCACAACAACUGCAAGCGGAGGUAUAUGUUCAGUGUCGACGACCCUCUCAUACGUCAUCAGUGGGCGGUAUCACUCAAACGCCAGAUUGAUAGCUCUACUAAUUCAACCAACUCGGCCUCUAAUGGUGGGCGACCAGGCCCGUCCAAAUUUUACCGGGCGGCGGAACACUUGGCGUUCCGAAUCCUUCAGGAGACACUGCUGGGUAGCGAUGCCUUUUCUUCACGGCUUUCUUCAAAACUCUUGGACAAACCUUCACGCAUGUCUCCGUCACCUUCACCCAGCCCGGGCCGUUUCCUCGUCGAUCAACGGAAUCCUACAAACGGGAGUCGCGCAGCUGCCCACAUCCGAUCCAAGUCCCGCAGUCAACUGUACCGUCAAGGUGCUGGUCGGAACGAGCUAGAUCUAGCAAACUCGACUGGGAGUGCCUAUGAGAAGGACUCGUCUGCUGAGGAGCAAUACACGCGCGUCAACGGCCCGCUCUGGUCUAACCAAGAGUUGGAGCUACAAUGCCAACAAAAUAGCUCCAUCGCACUUGUGCUAUCUUUCCUGCAGGUUGGUGCACCCGACCUGGGGAAGGACGUCCUUUCGUAG